AUGCUGGCCUUCACCAUUGGUUUGGUGGUGAGUGCAGAGCUGGAGAAGGAGGCUAGAUGUGAGUCUAGGGUCCCAUCCUCAGUGAUGGAGGGGGGACCAGCCUUCUUGGUCUUGGGCUUGGGCUUGGGGGCUUCAUCUUCUUCAGGUUCAGAAUCUUCAGGGUCAUCAUCACUGCUUGAGUCUUCUGGGUCACUGUCACCACCAUCUCCAGCACCCCCCUUUUUGUCAAGCUUGAACUUGACCACCUUGGGCUUAGACCCCUUAGAGUCCUCAGUUCCAAGGUUGGAUUCAGUCUCAGCUCCACCAGAUUCAGUCUUCUUGGUGGAUCCUUUGGAUGGGGGUGUGUUGUAG